AAUGAAUCUCUUAGAAAAUGAUGUAAACACUCCUCGUAAUUUCACAUUUAAAAAGUUCUAUAUCAAAAAGGUUACUCUUAAUAGAAAACCAUAAUAUAGAGCAAAUUAUAACAAGGAAAGAAUUAAAAUUGCAUUUGGAACCAGCUUAAAAUCGUCAAGCAAAGAUAAGAUUGAAUAACCAACCUUGUUUUAUGACAAAAACUACUCAUGUAUUGAUAAACAUUCAGGAAUACCUUUAAUAUAAAAGCCAAGAAAUAGAACAUCUAGAAGUGAAUAUGACGCAAAUGAAAAAAUCAAAAAGCCUCAUAAUUAAGAUGAACGAUAAAAUUCAAAAAGCUUGUGUAUUUAACGAAAUCUCAUGAAUUAAAGAGAACAUACAACCUUAGAACCCUACAAUUUAAAUUAUUUGAAUAGACAUUUACCUAUGACCUUAAGGUAAAUAAAAGAAAGUUUUAUAAUGCUAUUGUAAGUUUUAAGUUUAAGUUAGGAAUAAACAUUAAGCUAAUCAUAUUAAUCUAGAAGCAUUAUGA